AUGCUCAAGUCCACGUAUCCUGCGCCCCCUCCGCUACCACCUGGGUGGACAGAGCAUAAAGCUCCAUCCGGUCACUUAUAUUAUUAUAAUUCCGAAACCAAGCAAUCCACCUAUAAACGUCCAGCCGCUGCGCCUGCGCCGGCACCGCCUCCAGUCCAAGUCGACUCUACUUACAAACCCGAAAACCUUCCUCCAUUCUCUUCCACUCCAUAUGGACCUGCAGCGAGUAACUUCCCCGGCGCACGCACUCAUGAAAACUGGAACCAGCAGUCUCGGGGUGGCUUCCGUGGUGGGAGAGAUACUCGAGAUCGGCGACAUCGCCAGCCAGAGGAUCGGCCGAAAAAGAAACAUGUUAUCCCAGACUGCAGCCCAUGGCUUCUGGUUAUGACCAAGCUAGGUCGACGCUUUGUUUAUAACCCGGAAACCAACGAAAGCUAUUGGAAAUUUCCUGAAGAUGUCUUGAAGGGAGUGGUAGAGUUUGACCGCUUGCAAAGAGAGAAUAAAGAGAAAGAGACACAUAAAGAUCGAGAAGAGCCCCAACCAGAACCUGUCACCAACCAAGAAAAACAAGAUACACCACAAGAUACACCACAAGCUCAAGACUUGGACAAGGCUGCCGAGGCUGCCGAGGCUAAUGAGCAAGACAGCGAUGAAUAUGAGGAAGUGGAAGUGACUGAUAGCGAAGGAGAAGAAGGGGAACACUCGAAUAAACGACCACGAACAGGAAGUGAGGGUGAUGACGAAAAUAAACUCCUUGAAUUUGAUGAGGACGACAUUGAAUAUCAGCUGAGGGCCAUGGGAGAAGAAUACGGGUUGGACCCCGGCGAGUACGGAGAACCUGACGAGGAGGGUUGGGAAGAGGGAGCAGAAGGAAUUUCAUUAACAGACGAAGAAGCCACGGCACUUUUCCGAGAUUUGCUUGAUGACUUCCGCCUCAACCCUUUUACUACGUGGGAAAAAGUUAUCGAGGAGGGCCGUAUCAUUGAGGAUACCAGGUACACUGUUUUGCCUACUAUGAAAUCACGACGAGAAGUGUUUUCAGCAUGGAGCCGUGAUCGAAUCCAGGAAGCGAGAACGCGCAAGGAAAAGGAGGAAAAGAAAGAUCCACGGAUAAAGUAUCUCGCUUUUCUUCACGAACGUGCAACGCCCAAGUUGUACUGGCCUGAAUUUAAGCGUAAAUACCGGAAGGAAGACGAGAUGAAGAGCACUCAGAUGUCGGAUAAAGAUCGCGAGAAAUUCUACCGCGAUCACAUUGCGCGAGUGAAACUCAGCGAGAGUACCAAAAAAUCCGACCUGUCAACACUAUUAAAAUCGAUCCCACCGCAACAACUGAAUAACGCAUCAAACCUGGAAUCUCUCCCUUCAGCAAUCUUGACUGAUAUUCGAUAUAUAUCUCUUCCAUCCAAGAUUCGCGACCCAUUGCUAGAGACAUAUAUCUCUACUCUACCCUCGCCUCCGGAUGAGGACUUGGCUGCUCUUUCUGUCGAGGAACAGGAAGAGCGUCAACGGAAAAGACUAGAGCGAGAACGACGUGAAAAGGCUCUCGCAGAAAGAGAGCGACGAGUUGAAGAAGAGAAGCGGCGUCGGAAAGGUGAUCUGCUCCGUGGGAAGAGUAUGUUGCGACAAGAAGCAGCUGAGAUCGAGGAUGCAUUGCAAAUUAGGGGCAAGGAGGGAUUAAGAAAAUACAUGGAUGAAGGUGUGAACGAAAAGGAAAGUUAA